AUGCCUGGAUCCCUGGACUCCUCCCGCCCCAUCAUGGCUCCAUCAACGAGCAUCUCCCCGAUCUACUCUCUGCCACACUCGACUCAACACGCCUUCAGCACAACCCGCGUUGCCGCAACAAUGCCAGCUAACCCGCAAACCUCCCGCACAAAGACCCGUGCCUCGCUGCGGUUCAGCACUUACAGUGCCGCUGCCCCGUCCCUAGCCGCCACCGUCGAAACCAACGACUCCGCUACCAACGAAAUCCGCGAUAUUGCGACAGGCCUCGAUCGCAUGGAGAACAAGGCUCUCUCCUCCCAGCGCGUCAUUCUGAGCGAGGAGAAGACGGAUUCUAUGCAGAAGCUCGCCCUCGGUGCCAAGCUGGACCGCGCUCUCGACCGCCGAAUGAGCAGCCAGGAUGCCGUCAUGCGCCCACGAGGCAAGAGCAGCGUCAACAAGACUCUGGAUGAGAAGGCACAAUAG